GAAAGGAACAAAUUUCAAGAUGGCGCAGAUUAACAUUGCGAACCGAGUGUUCGGCCGAUAUGUCCGGCCGUUACAACGGCUCACGUUUAAUUACUGUAACCAGGGUGGAAGCAGUAGAGGAAUAAGGGAGUACAUUGAUAAAAACAUCGUGCAGUUUGCAAAAGACAAUCCUGGAAUUGCUAUCUAUGUCAUGGAGCGGAGUGGGAAACAUCCGACAAUCACUGGACACUUUAUUGGAGGCAAUAGCAAAGAAGUUGAAGUGAAGAAUAUGACUCCGGAAAAGAUAACAGAAUUCGUCACGAGGCUUAGAAAUGAAUCAGGAGAGACAGUGGAGAAGAUACGAAAGUACUGGCAUACUGAGAAUCCAUCCAUACAAGGAACCUGGAAUCCUUUCUUGCAUAAACCACCUUCCCUGCGGAAACAUGUUACAGGGAAAACGAAGUAAAACUCAGGCUUUUGUGGCUGUGCUACAAGGAUCGGGUCACACAUGUUGGGGAAACUUCAUGUGUUGCUUGCCAUUUCAUGUUAGGAUUACACGACUCUGAGAAGGAACAAGGUUGACAAGGUAGACGUGGCUUGCAGAUAUUUAAAUACACUGCUGUCUGAUCUGGAAUACCAGAAUAUGUUUGUUAGCUUCAUAGGAAGCAUCUGCUACUUAUACAGUAAAACUUCAAGAGAGAGAGAGAGAGAGAAAGCGGUUAGUACUGGUAUCUUUAAAUAAAAAUAACUUAGUGUGGGAUCAUUGCAGGGUAUAAUAAGAUAAUUCU